ACAAACGCUGCUGUCAGUUGAAAGAGAAAAACUAAAGUUGUCCACAUCACUGCACUGAUUAUAUAAGCUAACAUACUAGCUAGCUUUGCGUAUACAAACAUGACAGUGACAGCCAUAGAUUUAGAUAAUUAAAGAAAGAAUAGGGCUGUAAAUCCCAUGGGUAAUGGAGAACUACUUUCAAAACUUCAUUGGACACUGACAGUAAUUUACAAUAGAUGCCUUAAAAUGGAGAAGCCCCAGUGAUGAUGGAGGAGCAGAAGAGCCCAGUGAAGGAGGAGAGCUCCAGAGAACGAGGCCUUCUCCACCUAUGGAGAGGCUACUGCAGUAGUGUUACCCCCGAGCGGGUGCUUCUGUCCCGGCCAGUCCUCCAGGCUGCCCUUGGCAUCAGCCAUGGUAUCCUCCUGGCCGAAGGUGGGCUGGUGUACAGCUUCGGGGACCUGACGUGGAGACAGGGCUUGAGGGUUCCUCCUACUUACCCUCUCCUUGAGUCUGUCCUCUCUGGUCAACGUGUUGUGUCUGUAGCUGCAGGCUCCUUCCACUGUGGCGCCGUCACACAGGAAGGGGCUGUGUACAUGUGGGGAGAGAACUCCUCGGGACAGUGUGGUCUGUCAGAGAGAAGCCUGGUCCCAGAUCCUAGCCUCGUCAGUACGGUGGACUCUGAGACUGUCCCUCCACAGAUCAUCAGGAUCCUGGAGGUAACCUGCGGGGAGCAGCACACUCUGGCUCUGUCUGCCCAGCAUGAGGUGUGGGCCUGGGGCAGCGGCUGCCAGCUGGGUCUGGUCACCAGUGUGUUCCCCGUGUGGAGACCCCAGAAAGUGGAGCACCUGGCUGGGAAGCACGUCGUUCAGGUGGCGUGCGGAGGAUACCACAGCCUGGCCUUGGUACGGCGCUUCCCUGCACCAGACUCUCAGUUCGCCGGGCCGACAGCUACUGAAAAGUGUGACCAGUGCAGGCAGCUGCUCCUCUUUAUGGUGGAUAAAGGGGACCAUGUCAGUAUCAACGACAGCCACUAUUGCCCCCUCGGGGUUGAGUUGGCUGAUGGCAAACCAGGGAGCUGCUCACGAUCUAGACAGGCCUCCCCAGCCAGACAGGCCUCCCCAUCCGGACAGGCCUCCCCAGCCGGACAGGCCUCCCCAUCCGGACAGGCCUCCCCAUCCGGACAGGCCUCCCCAUCCGGACAGGCCUCCCCAUCCGGACAGGCCUCCCCAGCCGGACAGGCCUCCCCAGCCGGACAGGCCUCCCCAUCCGGACAGGCCUCCCCAUCCGGACAUGCCUCCCCAUCCGGACAGGCCUCCCCAUCCGGACAGGCCUCCCCAGCCGGACAGGCCUCCCCAGCCGGACAGGCCUCCCCAGCCGGACAGGCCUCCCCAGCCCAGAGACACAGAGCCACAGCCUGCCCACUCUCUCAGGCAGUCAGCCCUGACCCGGGCCCUGACCCUAUUAUAGGUCCAGAACACCUCUUUUCUAGUGACACUGACAGUUCUCUCAGAGAGUCUGGCUCCAAAGAACAAACUAACCAAGAUGAUACUGGUACCUCUGACCCUCAAAGACAAGGCCCUGGGACUCUGACAGAGUCAGACAGCCACCCGGCUCUAACGCAGGCGAGGAGGCAAGCCACAUCUUCGACCGACGAGAAGGAACUGAAGGAACUCCUCAAGAGAACGUCUGCUCACGUCCUGAGCCUGUCUGAACAGAAUGACAAUGACAUCACGGGGAAUCCAAUCACCUUAGCCAAUCAGACAGCAGGGGAUUCACUCACCUUAGCCAAUCAGACAGCAGGGGAUUCACUCACCUUAGCCAAUCAGACAGCAGGGGAUUCACUCACCUUAGCCAGUCAGACAGCAGGAGAUCUACUCACCCUGGUAAGUCAUGUCCCAGGACAGUGCCUAAAAGGUGACCUACCUGAUCAAGAUCCCGCCGUGGCAUCCGGCCUGUCAUGUUCACUACCAGAGAACUGCACGGGGGCUUUAACGGGCCGUGCUUUAACGGGCCGUGCUUUAACGGGCCGGGCUUUAACGGGCCGUGCUUUAACUGGCCGCGCUGCCUCUGCCUCACCCUUCGAGGUAAACACCGGCUCCAGCAGCAGCCUCUGUGACUCAUCUCAGAGUGAAGGGCGUAUCCCAGUCGCGGGGCUGUGCGAGGCUCUGUCUGGGCCUGUCAUGGCAUACAGGAAGACCAACCAGGAAGUGCGUCUCUGUAUGGAGGAGGCCUCCUUGCAAGGGAAGAAAUGCUCCAGUCUGACUGAUAUCCUGCUGGAGGAGGUCACAGAGGGGAGUAGACGACACUCACUACCUCCUCUUCUCUCUCAUGCAUCCCCUGAGCUCCCCGGCAGGAGGACCGCACGCUCCAGGCCCAAUGUGGCCAGGAAGGAGGAGGUAGUGGAGUCUCUGCCCACCCUGAACACGGAGGUGUGGAGCUGGGGCCGGGGGCAGGAGGGACAGCUGGGCCACGGAGACCAGCUACCCAGGCUCCAGCCGCUGUGUAUCAAGAGCCUGAAUGGAGAGGAGGUAGUGAAGGUAACGGCAGGAACACACCACUCACUGGCCCUUACUGCACAGUGUCAGGUGUUUUCGUGGGGCAACAACAGAUCCGGCCAGUUGGGACACAUGAACAGCCCCACUACCAUGCCUCAACAGGCCAAGAUGUCAGAGGGUCUGCGUGUGUGGGACCUUGCGGCAGGGCAGAGCCACAGUUUGUUCCUGGCUGAUGGUGACUGCUGCCAGCCCAUCCUCUGUUACAGCGGUCAGCAGGUGAUGGAGACCACACCUGAGAACCACAUACCUGGGACAGGGUCAACUGAGAGCUCUCCCUCUAUAACUGACACGUACACCCUCAGACCUGUCCUACUGCCCUUCUGUAUGAACAUGGGCUACAUCAGCAGUGUGUAUGGCGGAGGACAGUCCUGUCUAGCCCAGGCUGACCUCAACGUGAUGGGGUUCAUCUCUGCUCUCCACGAGCUGGCUGCAGCAGACAGGAAGUUCUACUGCAGGCUCAGAGACAUCAACAAGCGGGUGGUCAGCCCUCUACUGAGGAAAGAGUCUGUGUGCACGGUGUUGGGCCAGAAAUCCAUCCUGCUGUUCCAGUCCCUGGCUAGUAACUACAGCAGGCUGUGUCACCUGACAGGACAACACUCCGUCUCCCUUACAGCCUUCCUCCGUACUGCCCGGGACGUCAAGGGACUGGUCAUCCUGAAACACGCUAACACCUUCCUGGACAUGUAUAAAGAGUACUGUGGCUCAGUGGGUAAUUUCCUGGUUAUGGGGGGAUUCCAAGCCCUCAUAAAGCCCUCUGUGGAGUGUUUUGGUAAGAAGUUGGAGGUUUUGCGUCAGCUGUCAGAGUCCAGUGAAGACAAGGUUCCUCUGUUUGACCUGUUGGCGAUGCUGUUUUAUUCUCCUAUACAACACAUCCAUGAGUACGCCCGGCUGCUGCUCAAACUGGCCACCUGUUUCGAUGUGAGUACAGUGGAAUACCAGAGGCUGCAGGAGGGCUGCUCCAGGUAUGAGGAACUGUCUCUCAGCCUGAGGAGGAAGAGGAAGGAGGCAGAGACAACGAACCAGUUCUGGAGGACAUAUUCUGGGAAAACUACUGAUGUCCUCCGUAAGCCCCAGCGGAGGCUGGUGUAUGACAGCAGCAACAAAAGCCUGACCCUCCAGAACGCCGGGAGGUUCUCCGUUAACUGGUUCAUCCUGUUUAACGAUGCUCUGAUUCAUGCUCAGGGUACCAUCCCCUCUAAGAGCUUUUUCUCAUCUCAUCAUGUCUACACGCUGGCCACUCUCUGGGUGGAACCAAUCACUGACAUCACUGCCAACAGCAAACUGUAUGGAAUUAAGGUGACAACUCCAGAGGAGAGCUUCACUCUGCUAGCAUCCUCACCUCAGGAGAAGGCUAAGUGGCUAAGGGCUAUUAACCAGGCUGUGGAGGCAGUGUUGACCGGAGAAGGGAGCGGUCCUGGGGUCCCUGCUGUCUCUCGUACCGCCUCCUACAUCUUCUACAAAGACCUCCGUCUGAAGGAUGCCUCCUACUCAGGCCGCUGGCUGUCUGGCAAGCCCCACGGCAAAGGGACCAUGAAAUGGCCAGAUGGCAGAAAGUUCACGGGGACCUUUAAACAAGGACUGGAGGACGGCUAUGGAGACUGUAUAAUGCCAAACAAGCUCCUCAACAAGAGUGAUCGUUACCAGGGCCACUGGAGAGAUGGGAAGAUGCAUGGCUUUGGGACGUACAAGUAUGCUACAGGUCAGGUGUAUGAGGGAUCCUUCCAUGAGAACGUCCGUCAGGGCCAUGGGAUGCUGAGCUCUGGGAAGCUGAUUGGCUCUUCUUCCAAUGUGUUCGUUGGCCAGUGGCUUCAAGACAAGAAGAUGGGAUAUGGAGUCUUUGAUGACAUCACUAGAGGAGAGAAGUACAUGGGCCUGUGGGUUGAUGACCAGCGCCAUGGCAGUGGGGUGGUCGUCACUCAGUUCGGUCUUUACUAUGAAGGGACCUUCAGUAACAACAAGAUGAUGGGUACUGGUCUGCUAGUAUCUGAAGAUGACACAGCCUUUGAGGGAGACUUCUCAGAAGACUGGACCCCUAAUGGCAAGGGUACCCUGUCCAUGUCCAACGGAGACUUCAUAGAGGGUCUGUUUAGUGGAGCGUGGACCUCAGGGCUGAAGAUCAUGGGAACCUACACGAAGCCUAGCCUCUAUGAACCUGACAAGAAGGAAUCAACCUGGGUGCUUGAGUUGGGCCGUCUAGCCGUAUCCCCAGAGCAGAAGUGGAGGGCAGUGUUCUCAGAGUGUUGGAGCACGCUGGGCUCUGAGGCCCCGGGACAGCCUGAGGAGAGGAUGAGGGCCUGGGAAAACAUUGCUGUUACACUCACCACAGGACGCAGAGACAGUCCAGAGCUGCUGAGCAGGUCUCAGAGUCGAGUUCUGGAGAAGCUGGAAGUGAUUCCUCUACACACGGGUCCGGUUACUGCUGGGAGGUAUGACGUCAUCCGACGAUACCUCACCAAGGCCUGUGAGACCCCCCUCCACCCUCUGGGAGGGUUACUAGAGACCCUAGUGACUGUGUACAGGAUGACCUAUAUAGGGGUAGGAUCUAACAGAAGGUUACUACAACAGGCUGUGGAAGAGAUCAAGUCCUACCUCAGACGGAUUCUCCAGCUGGUCAGGUUUCUGUUCCCUGACCUCCCUGAAGAGGGAGGUGUUAUUCACGCUGACCACAAAGGAUCCUCAGAAACAAACCAGCAAGGCUUGGUGGUGAGUAGCUCCACUCUACUACUACCAGUCCUGCUGCCCAGGCUGUACCCUCCUCUGUUCACCCUGUAUGCCCUGGACAAGGAGAGAGAGGAGGAGGUGUACUGGGACUGUGUCCUGAGGCUCAACAAACAGCCUGACCUGGGCCUGCUGGCCUUCCUGGGGGUCCUGCAGAAGUUCUGGCCUGUCUCCGUCUCUGUGUUGGGAGAGAAGCAGCAGGUCCUUCCCAGCACCAAAGAUGCUUGCUUUGUUUCUGCAGUGGAGACUUUACAACAGAUCAGCACCACCUUCACCCCGUCAGACAAGCUGCAGGUGAUCCAGCGUACCUUUGAGGAGCUGACCCAGGAAGUACAAGCCCUGCUUGAGGGGAACUUCCUGUUGUCCAUGGACGACCUUUUACCUCUCUUCCUCUACGUGGUGCUUAGAGCACGGAUGAGGAACCUGGCUGCUGAGGUGAGUUUGAUAGAAGAUCUAAUGGACCCCUCUCUGCAGCACGGAGAGCUGGGACUCAUGUUCACCACACUCAAGGCUUGCUGUUUUCAGAUCCAACAGGAGAAGACGACAUAGUGAAGAGGAGGUGUACUGCCUUCUACAACGGAGGUCGAACGGAGGGUCCCGUUUUUUUAUACCGGCGAAUCCAGACGACAGGAUAAUCCGUCUAUAGAUGGAUUAUCCCCUGGCUAAAAGACAUUAUUAUUAUUUUUACCAUUAUUUAUACAGGGAAGUCCCGUUGAGACCAACGUUUCUUUAGCAAGGGAACCCUACCUUCACAAACAGCAACCACCCUGAAGAUUGAAGAAACACACUUUUCUUGUUUUAUCCUGAGUAUCUUUAAUCCUGACUGACUAUCUUUAAUCCUGACUGACUAUCUUUAAUCCUGACUGACUAUCUUUAAUCCUGACUGACUAUCUUUAAUCCUUAAUCCUGACUGACUAUCUUUAAUCCUGACUGACUAUCUUUAAUCCUUAAUCCUGACUGACUAUCUUUAAUCCUUAAUCCUGACUGACUAUCUUUAAUCCUGACUGACUAUCUUUAAUCCUGACUGAAUAUCUUUCAUCCUGACUGACUAUCUUUAAUCCUGACUGACAAUCUUUAAUCCUGACUGAGUAUCUUUAAUCCUGACUGACUAUCUUUAAUCCUGGCUGACUAUCUUUAAUCCUGACUGACUAUCUUUAAUCCUGAUUGACUAUCUUUAAUCCUGACUGAGUAUCUUUAAUCCUGACUGAGUAUCUUUAAUCCUGACUGAGUAUCUUUAAUCCUGACUGAGUAUCUUUAAUCCUGACUGAGUAUCUUUAAUCCUGACUGACUGUUUUUAAUCCUGACUGACUAUCUUUAAUCCUGACUGAAUAUCUUUAAUCCUGACUGACUAUCUUUCAUCCUGACUGACUAUCUUUAAUCCUGACUGACUAUCUUUCAUCCUGACUGACUAUCUUUCAUCCUGACUGACUAUCUUUCAUCCUGACUGACUAUCUUUAAUCCUGACUGAGUAUCUUUAAUCCUGACUGACUAUCUUUAAUCCUGACUGACUAUCUUUAAUCCUGACUGACUAUCUUUCAUCCUGACUGACUAUUUUUAAUCCUGACUGACUAUUUUUAAUCCUGACUGACUAUCUUUAAUCCUGACUGACUAUUUUUAAUCCUGACUGACUAUCUUUAAUCCUGACUGACUAUCUUUUAUCCUUAAUCCUGACUGGCUAUCUUUAAUCCUGACUGACUAUCUUUAAUCCUUAAUCCUGACUGACAAUCUUUAAUCCUGACUGACUAUCUUUAAUCCUGACUGACAAUCUUUAAUCCUGACUGACUAUCUUUAAUCCUGACUGACUAUCUUUAAUCCUGACUGACUAUCUUUCAUCCUGACUGACUAUCUUUAAUCCUGACUGAAUAUCUUUAAUCCUGACUGACUAUCUUUAAUCCUGACUGACUAUCUUUAAUCCUGACUGACUAUUUUUAAUCCUGACUAUCUUUAAACCUGUUUAUCUUUUAUUCUGAUUAUCUUUAAUCCAGACUGUCUUCUAUCCUGACUAGGGUUGCACUUUUUGGGGAAUAUUCAGAGGUGGCAACUUUACGUGGGAAUUAACGGGAAUUAAUGGGAAAAUAUGGGAAUUAAUGAAAAUAUAUGCAAAUGUAAUUAAUACCAUUUCAAUGUAGACGUUUUUUGCAUUUGAUAUAUUUACCAUAUCAUAUGGAGACAGAAACAUAAACCUUUUACCUUAUUAUAAGUAGACAUAAUUACAAAUGAUUAAAUCCUUCCAAUAGAAAAAAUAUCUAUAUUUUAGUUACGAAUUGAACUUUAAUUAAAUGGGGAUGAUUUCACUGAUCAACAAAAGGGAAUAUUGAAUGAUCUCCAAUGAGCCAUCGCAUCUCCCAAAAACAUUUUCAACAUACAUCUGUAAAAUGAAACUAAAGCCUAGAAGCUAAAGCUUUGGUUGUCUUCCUCUCAGGCUUCCAUGUCUUCUCUCCUGGACCUCCUCAAUGUCCACCUCUUGAACAUCAGACUCCAUGUCUUCUCUCCUGGACCUCCUCAAUGUCCACCUCUUGAACAUCAGACUCCAUGUCUUCUCUCCUGGACCUCCUCAAUGUCCACCUCUUGAACAUCAGACUCCAUGUCUUCUCCCUGGACCUCCUCAAUGUCCACCUCUUGAACAUCAGACUCCAUGUCUUCUCUCCUGGACCUCCUCAAUGUCCACCUCUUGAACAUCAAACUCUGAGGCCUCAUCUUUCACUGUCACUUUACAACCCUGUUGAGGAUGGCUCAUUGUCAGGCUCAAAAAGCCUCAAAUAUGCCCGGAUUGGCACCAGUUUUUAAACCCUUGUAUUUGUCAGCCUGUUGUGUGCUUUGGUGUGUGUGUUCCCAAACAAGGACCAGUUGUGCUCUGAGGCGGCUGAUGUUGGUGGGAUUUGGAGGAUGAUGGAGGCAACAGGGGAAAGAGCCUCAGAUCCACCAAGUCCCUUCCACCAGGUGGCUGAUGAGAUAUGUUGGCACAACUGCCAUAUUGCAUCUCCAUGCCAAAGCCCUUGCUUGGAUGUGUACUUCGCCAGACUGCCAAGAACCUUGCCCUCAUCCAGGCCAAGGUGGCGAGACACGGUAGUGAUGACACCAUAGGCCUUGUUGAUCUCUGUGCCAGACAGGAUGCUCUUGCCAGGAUACUUGGGGUCCAACAUGUACGCUGAGGCGUGUUUGGGCUUCAGGCAGAAGUCUUCACGCUUUUUGAUGUAUUUCAGAACUGCAGUUUCCUCUGCUUGGAGCAACAGUGAAGUGGGCAGGGCAGUAUGGAUUUCUUCUCUUACGUCUACAAACAGAGUCUGAACAUCAGACAGGAAGGCAUUGUCUCCCUCAAUCCGGCCAAUGGCUACUGCUAUAGGUUUCAGGAGUUUCAGGCUGCUUACCACUCUCUCCCAAAAUACAUCAUCCAGGAGGAUCCUCUUGAUGGGGCUGUCCAUAUCGGCAGACUGUGAUAUGGCCAUUUCUUGGAAAGACUCCGUUCCCCUUCAGGAGACUGUCAAACAUGAUGCCAACACCACCCCAACGGGUGUUGCUGGGCAGCUUCAAUGUGCUGCUCUUAUUCUUCUCACUUUGCUUGGUGAGGUAGAUUGCUGCUAUAACUUGAUGACCCUUCACAUACCUAACCAUUUCCUUGGCUCUCUUGUAGUGUAUCCAUUGUUUUCAGUGCCAUGAUGUCCUUGAGGAGCAGAAUCAAUGCAUGAGCAGCACAGCCAAUGGGUGUGAUGUGAGGGUAGGACUCCUCCACUUUAGACCAAUCAGCCUGAAUCUCCUGAAACCUAUAGCAGGAUUGAGGGAGACAAUGCCAUCUAGUCUGAUGUUCAGACUCUGCUUGCAGAUGUAAGAGAAGAAAUCCGUACUGCCCUGCCCACAAAUUGUUAACAAGUUGAAAUGAUUUAAACACACGUUGCUGUAGGCUACUAUUUACUAGUUAACAAAAAUCAUGUAUGUCAUAUAAAAUAUAUUCACCCCCACCCAGUAUUGUAAUCAAAAAUUACCAGAAAGCAUGUAGUCCUUGGCUCAGACUGUGUAGUAGUGUGGGCUCAAUAGCAUCUCAUUAGUGUGCAAGAUCUUGAGAAUCAGCUGUGCAUGUGAUGGAAGAAUGCAUUGUGCAUGCAGAGGGUUGCAAUUCCAUUGAAAUGGGGAUAGUUUGACCAAAAUAUGCCACAAGACCUAGAGUUGCCUUAUGUGUAUCCCACAAAGAAUGUUCACUGUUAUAAGCUAACCUUUUUUUGAUGAAUUUAAGCAAACUUCCCGGGAUUAACCUCCCAUGGAAAAAUUCUGGGAAUUUACCAGAAAGUUUCCGACCCUUUGCAACCCUAAUCCUGACUAUCUUUAAUCCUGACUAUCUUUAAUCCUGACUAUCUUUAAUCCUGACUCUCUUUAAUCCUGACUCUCUUUCAUCCUGACUCUCUUUCAUCCUGACUCUCUUUCAUCCUGACUAUCUUUAAUCCUGACUAUCUUUAAUCCUGACUAUCUUUAAUCCUGACUCUCUUUAAUCCUCACUCUCUUUAAUCCUGACUAUCUUUAAUCCUGACUAUCUUUAAUCCUAACUCAGAAAUAUCUUCAUGGUUCUUGCAACUGACAACUAUUGGGAAACUCCACAUUGAGUUGGAAUGUGCAAUGAUUAUGUUAACACUGAUAGGAUUGUGCCAACUCAUUCUAAUGAGGGAAAGACAGAUUUUAAAAUCAUGAAAGACACUGGAAAAUGUUUACAAAAUAGUUAGGGAAAAAAUGUAUCGGGAGAAAAAUAUAGAAUAUUUUAAAAUAUAUCAAGUAGUAUAUAUUUUAUUGUGAUUAUGUUACAGUUUUUUAUUAAAGAGGGUGUAUGAGUUGUAACAUGUUAGCACUUUGAAUAAGGGUCAACUAGGGAGAACUUACAUUUGUCCUGCUUCACUGCAUGUACAAGUGGGUAACCUGUACGAGGCGUGAAAUGGAAAAGAGUUUUUGCAUAUCCCACCUCCACAUGAGACACGCUCGUAGAGUCACGUCCAGGGGGUCACAUUUUUCACCUAGUCGGCUCAGGGAUUGAAUCCAGAAACCUUUUCUGGUUACUGGCCCAAUGUUAAUCGGUAGCCUAUCAGCCUUUAGUAUGGGUACUGUGUUACAUUAUCUUAGUAGUUUAGACACUGUAGACUGCCUUAAAUCAAGACUGCUAUUAUUGUUAAACGGAAUAAUCCAAGCUAAUAGUUAGCCAAUAUAAAAUCACUAAGAAAUAUGUUACUCAUGAUUGAUCCCUUUUUAGAUUUAAUAAAGGCUCUUUGCAAUUUGGCACAUAGAUGUGUCUUUAUACGGUGACACAGUCUGGUUAGGAAGGCCUGGCGUGACGGUCUGGUUUGGAAGGACAGUCUGGUUAGGAAGGCCUGGCGUGACAGUCUGGUUAGGAAGGCCUGGCGUGACAGUCUGGCGUGACAGUCUGGUUAGGAAGGCCUGGCGUGACAGUCUGGUUAGGAAGGCCUGGCGUGACAGUCUGGUUAGGAAGGCCUGGCGUGACAGUCUGGUUAGGAAGGCCUGGCGUGACAGUCUGGUUAGGAACGCCUGGCGUGACAGUCUGGUUAGGAAGGCCUGGCGUGACAGUCUGGUUAGGAAGGCCUGGCGUGACAGUCUGGCGUGACAGUCUGGUUAGGAAGGCCUGGCGUGACGGUCUGGUUAGGAAGGCCUGGCGUGACAGUCUGGUUAGGAAGGCCUGGCGUGACAGUCUGGUUAGGAAGGCCUGGCGUGACAGUCUGGUUAGGAAGGCCUGGCGUGACAGUCUGGUUAGGAAGGCCUGGGGUGACAGUCUGGUUAGGAAGGCCUGGCGUGACAGUCUGGUUAGGAAGGCCUGGCGUGACAGUCUGGCGUGACAGUCUGGUUAGGAAGGCCUGGCGUGGCAGUCUGGUUUGGAAGUCCUGGCGUGACAGUCUGGUUAGGAACGCCUGGCGUGACAGUCUGGUUAGGAAUGCCUGGCGUGACAGUCUGGUAAGGAAGGCCUGGCGUGACAGUCUGGUUUGGAAGGCUUGGUGUGACAGUCAGGUUAGGAAAGCCUGGCGUGACAGUCUGGUUAGGAAGUCCUGGCGUGACAGUCUGGUUAGGAAGUCCUGGCGUGACAGUCUGGUUAGGAAGGCCUGGCGUGACAGUCUGGUUAGGAAGGCCUGGCGUGACAGUCUGGUUAGGAAGGCCUGGCGUGACACAGGCUGGUUAGAAAAGGCUGGGAUGAAACAAAUACUAACACAGACUUCACUUUACAAAAAAUGUAUCAUUCAUAUUACUACGCUGCUACUAGACUGACAAUUAAAAAUUCUCCUUAUGGCAUUUUGAGAGAGAGAGAGAUCAAAGUUACAUUUCAUCAUGCAUUGGAAAUAUUGAUACUCCUCAGGGAUUUAGGAAAAGUUAAUCUAGGUUAAUUUAACCUGAUAAAGGGAUUGUAUUCAUACAAAGAGGCAUUCUGUUACAGAAAGGGGGACAUAUAUAUAGACUAUCUUAACAGAGGACCUGCCAGAGAAACAUAUUAGGGGGACAGACAUGUGACUGGUGGAUGCAGAGAAGGGCUCUGAUAGGCUUACCUGGUCACUAUGUCAUCCCUGAUAGGCUUACCUGGUCACUAUGUCAUCCCUGAUAGGCUUACUUGGUCACAAUGUCAUCCCUGAUAGGCUUACCUGGUCAGUAUGUCAUCCCUGAUAGGCUUACCUGGUCACUAUGUCAUCCCUGAUAGGCUUACCUGGUCACAAUGUCAUCCCUGAUAGGCUUACCUGGUCAGUAUGUCAUCCCUGAUAGGCUUACCUGGUCACUAUGUCAUCCCUGAUAGGCUUACCUGGUCACUAUGUCAUCCCUGAUAGGCUUACCUGGUCACUAUGUCAUCCCUGAUAGGCUUACCUGGUCACUAUGUCAUCCUUGAUAGGCUUACCUGGUCACUAUGUCAUCCCUGAUAGGCUUACCUGGUCACUAUGUCAUCCCUGAUAGGCUUACCUGGUCACUAUGUCAUCCCUGAUAGGCUUACCUGGUCACUAUGUCAUCCCUGAUAGGCUUACCUUGUCACAAUGUCAUCCCUGAUAGGCUUACCUGGUCACUAUGUCAUCCCUGAUAGGCUUACCUGGUCAGUAUGUCAUCCCUGAUAGGCUUACCUGGUCACAAUGUCAUCCCUGAUAGGCUUACCUGGUCACUAUGUCAUCCCUGAUAGGCUUACCUGGUCAGUAUGUCAUCCCUGAUAGGCUUCCCUGGUCACUAUGCCAUCCCUGAUAGGAUUACCUGGUCACUAUGUCAUCCCUGAUAGGAUUACCUGGUCACUAUGUCAUCCCUGAUAGGCUUACCUGGUCACUAUGUCAUCCCUGAUAGGCUUACCUGGUCAGUAUGUCAUCCCUGAUAGGCUUACCUGGUCACUAUGUCAUCCCUGAUAGGCUUACCUGGUCACUAUGUCAUCCCUGAUAGGCUUACCCGGUCACAAUGUCAUCCCUGAUAGGCUUACCCGGUCACUAUGUCAUCCCUGAUAGGCUUACCUGGUCAGUAUGUCAUCCCUGAUAGGCUUCCCUGGUCACUAUGCCAUCCCUGAUAGGAUUACCUGGUCACUAUGUCAUCCCUGAUAGGCUUACCAUGUCAUCCCUGAUAGGAUUACCUGGUCAUUAUGUCAUAACUUGUUUAUUCCAGCAGAUCUAUGUGAGUUUGUUAUUGUGACAAAAUUACUAAAAAAAUUUAACACUCAGUGAUAUGUUUCUAACACUUCAUGAACUAAAAUGUAUAAAAUAUCAUGAAAACUUCAUUAACUAAAUUGUAUAAAAUCUGAUUAUGAAAUGUGUUUCUGAACAAAAAGACAACUAUUUAAAAAGGACAAUAAAAUAAAUGGCUGAGACUAGAAA